ACAGUAUGUGGCACACUUUACAAAUAAUGGAUGCUCUUGAUAUAUGAAAUUUUAAUUAUAAUGAUAAAUUCAAACACCUAUUUUCUGAGAUAGUUAGGCCGGGACUGUCCCUCCGCAUCAAAAGUGGCAAACCAGAGCUAUACAACAAAUUAAAAAAAGCUCAAUCUAAAAGCGCCACAAUUAGAAUCCCUAAAGAGCAAUCUGAUUCACAGAAGAAAAAUUCUACUGUGCGAUUUGAGAAUAGUUAACAAAAAACAAUCAGCAAGAAUGAAUUUUCCUCUUGGCGGCUGAUGCAUGUCGCAAUCGAUCUGCAUUAUUAUCACUCCAUACAUCGCAUGAUUUUGCCUUUUUUCCAGAACAAAUAGAGUGUUCUUAGACUCAGAGAACUGUCGUACUGUUCUGAAACUCUGCAACACUAGGUGUCAAUUUUGAAAAUUGCUUUAUUUUGAACAGUAACUGAGUAAUCACAACAACUGAACAAGUUAUGGCAAUUCUCUUGCGAUCAAUCAACAAACAGUCUCAGAAUUUUUCCAAAUUUUUGAGGCUUGAUUUCAUCAAUAAUUCGAGGCUCAAUCCCAGAUGUGUCAAUUUCCACACUAGUGACAUUGAUAAGCAAUCUUCAUACAUCUCUGACAAAGCUUACAUUAAUGGGAAAUGGAUAUCGACUGAUAAGACAUUUGAAGUUUACAAUCCUUUUAAUGAAGAAGUGAUCGGUUCAUCUGCUGAUUGCGAUGUUGGUCUUGCGGAAACUGCGAUUGAGGCUGCUGAUAAUGCACUUGGUCCAUGGAAGGGUAUGACUGCGAAAGAGCGCUCAAACAUUAUGAAAAAAUGGUAUGACUUGAUCAUGAAAGAUAAAGAUGGUCUGGCUGAGCUGGUUACCCUUGAGAAUGGAAAACCUAUUCUACAGUCUGCUACGGAAAUUCUGUAUGCAGCUAGUUUUGUUGAGUGGUAUGCAGAGGAGGGGAAGCGAACAUAUGGAAUAACUAUGCCAACUGUUCUAUCUGGAAAGAAAAUGAUGACGUUGAAGCAACCUAUAGGAGUAGUUUCCAUGAUCACCCCUUGGAAUUUUCCAGCUGCUAUGAUUACUAGAAAAGCAUGCGCUGCUCUUGCUGCUGGUUGUACUGUUAUCCUAAAACCCUCAGAAGAAACUCCAUUCUCCGCACUGGCUUUUGCAAAGUUAGCUGAAGAUGCCGGUCUUCCUCCUGGAGUUUUAAAUAUUAUCCCUUCUUCACGAUCUAAUGUUGCUAGCGUUGGAGAACUUCUCUGCAGUCAUCCAUCCAUAGCAGCUGUUUCAUUUACCGGCUCUACUGCAACAGGGAAAGUUUUGCUGCGUCAUGCUGCAUCUACAGUCAAGAAGAUGUCUCUUGAAAAUGGCGGUAAUGCCCCUUUUAUCGUUUUUGAUUCUAGUGAUAUAAAAAAGGCGGUACAAGGUGCACUAGCAUGUAAAUUCAGGUAUUCUGGCCAGACUUGCAUUUGUGCUAAUAGGAUACUUGUGCAAUCUGGAAUCCAUGAUGAAUUUGUUGCGCAACUUGCAAAAGCCAUCAAAAACGAGUUAAUCAUAGGUAAUGGUAUGGAUAGCAGAACAACUUUUGGACCUUUGAUUAAUGCAGCUGCAGUGAACAAGGUCGAAGAGCAAGUUAAUGAUGCAGUAAAACAUGGCGCCAAUGUUGUCGUUGGUGGAUCAAGAAGCAGCAUUGGGAAAAAUUUAUACGAACCCACUCUCUUGACUGGGGUGACUACAGCUAUGCAAUGUUGCCAAUAUGAAACCUUUGGGCCCAUCGCACCAAUCGUGAAGUUUCACUCAGAGGAGGAAGCUAUCGAGAUCGCUAAUAAUACUACUUCUGGAUUGGCUGGGUAUGUGUACUCUGGUGAUGUUGCACAAUGUUGGAGAGUGGCGGAAAAUCUGGAAUACGGAGUUGUUGGAAUCAACGAAGGUCUGAUAAGUGCUGCUGAGGCUCCAUUUGGUGGAUACAAGGAGUCUGGUCUUGGACGAGAGGGGUCAAUUUACGGUAUGGAUGAAUUCAUGGAAGUCAAGUAUUUGUGCUGGGGAGUGUAGUAAGUAGACAUGUCACCAACCUUAAAAGUCAUUCAUAAUCUCGUUGUAGAAGCUGCAGGAAUGAUUUGAUCUUAAUAUUUAUGCAGAUGUAAAAUUCUUAUUAUGCUCAAUCUGCUAUGAUUUAUUGUAAAUUUUAUAUGAUUAACUUAAUGUACCACCAAUCUCUGUAUAUACAUCUGCCAAACACAUUUCUAAUGUUAUUCAUUGAAUUUGAUGUUUUCUCCUGUACUCAUUUCUAUAAGAAGUUUUCACAUAUACCAGAAAUUGGUUUCAAUAGAUGAAAUAACAUGAACUUUAUGUUCUUGUGUAUAACUGUAUGUCAUAGUUAUAUUAUUUUCAUCAAUUUCUUUUUUUGCCAAAUUUCAGUAUGCUGACUUUCAAAUGUGUCAUUCCUUAUAGUGUUUUUAUAUGUAGUGUUGAGAAUAGAGAAAAUAGGUUUUGCUUUCUUCAUCUCGAAUUUCAAUUGCAUUUAUUUGUAAUUCAUCAGUAAUCAUCCAAUAACAGCAAAUAAGUGCUGUUGUUUCGUCGUUAUAUUCGGUAUGUUUUAUUUUUAUUUCGCUUUUUGGUACUGCAUUAGUAUACAUAUUGUUACGUUUAAUUAUUUUUCAAUAACAAAUUCAAUAUUAUUGUUUUGCCUUAUGCGGAUGUUGAACUGUGUAUAAUUUCUGAUUUCACCUUUAUAAUGUUACAUGAAUAUGCGAUUGAAAUAUUUUGCAAAUUUGAAUAGUGCAAUAUUGAGAUUUUAUAUAAAGAGAAGUAGGUAUUCCUUAGUCCGUACCCUCCAUUUUCCUUGUUUUCAAUGGCUCUAUUGAAUUUGACUUGAAAAUAUAAUUAUCUUGAAUUUUAAUUAGCCUCAGGUUGGUGUUUAUUGUAUGUAAUUAUAUGCUUUCUAUCACUGCUUUGUACAAUUUUCAUUAUCUCAUCAAUCAUGCAAUGAGCUUUAUUUUAAUAUUCAGA